AUGGAUCGUCUGUUCUUUCCGCGCUGUGCCAAAGUGGGCAGCGAGUCGCUCAUGGAGUUCAUGGAACAUCUGCAGGACAUCAACAACUUCAAAAUCGAUGUCAAUGGAGUGGAUGGACAGACGAGACGCACCCUGAAUGCCUCCGGGCAGGAGGAGUUGGCAGCCUACAUCUACAACAUGGACGAGGGCUCCGUCUACAUUCAGCACACAAACUGGAUUGACUUUAAUGAAUUCAACCUGCCCAAGCCCAUCUUCAUUAACUUGGUGCGCGAUCCAGUGGAGCGGAUGAUCAGCUGGUACUACUACAUCCGCAACUCCUAUCGGAAUGCCUUGUUCUACAGGAAAAAUCCACUGGCGCCCAUCAAGCCCACAGCCUGGUUCAAGAAGAGCUUCAACGAUUGCGUCCGCAGUGGCGACAAGGAGUGCCAGUACAUUCCCCUCACGGUGACCGAUGCGGUGCCCAACUUUAAGCGACAAUCGAUAUUCUUUUGCGGCAACGAGCAGGAUUGUCUGCCCUUUAACUCACCGCUGGCCGUGCAGAUGGCCAAGCGACGAGUCGAAACUGAAUUCGCUGUGGUGGGCACAUGGGAGGAAACAAAUAUCACCCUCGCCGUGCUGGAACACUAUAUACCACACAAAGCGGGUGAUCCAUUUGAUCCAUUUUCGUUUGCAGUCUAUCAGGAGAGUUUAAUGAAUCGCAAUCGGAACAAUCGCAAGCCCCAUGUGGAUGCGGAUGUUAGGGCCAUGGUCAGGCGAAACUUUACCCAUGAAUAUGACUUUUACUAUUUCUGCAAGCAGCGUCUCUAUAUGCAGUACAUAGCCCUGAAGCGCACAGAGUUGGAGCGACUGAAUUUGUAUCCCUAAGUUCUCAUUAUCUUUUGACUGAAUUUCCGUUUAGUUGUUGUUAGUUUUGUCCGUAGUUUUUCUUCGUUAAUAAAGUACCCAAUAGACACACUCACUGUAACUAACCGUAGUUGAGAAUGGAUAGUAGAUAGUAAUCCCAUGAUA